GAUUGGUGGCUGCGCGCGCAGCUGGGUGGCCGCCAUCUUGUGGGAGGGCGCUGAAGAAGGGCAGAGCGAGGCGGUAAGGAAGGAGGCAGCCAAGGGUGCCAGGGGCUUCAGCAUCUCUGCUAAGCUUGAACCAGCAACCAUGGCUGGCCAUGACUCAGGAUCUCAACACCAGUUCACUGGAUUUCAGAAGUACUUCAAUUCCUACACCAUCACAGGCAGGAGGAAUUAUGUAAUAGCAACAUAUACAGGCAUUGCAAUGCUCGUCUUGUAUUUCAAGCUCAGACCUAAAAAGAAAACUCCUGCUGUGGCAGAUAAAUAAAUGGUUUUUGGCAUGUCUGAAGCACCAAUCUUUGUCAUGUCAUUGCAAAAGGAAACUGAUGUCCUGCGGUGGCUAAUAAAAUAUAAACAAAUAUUUGCUUUAUUGAAAAUGUGACAUGGUGCAAAGAAGCAGAAGUGGGGUACUUUCUUCCUAUUUCAAAAAUCAUCUGUAGUGGAGAUGGAGUAGCUGACUCUUUCCUGAGUAUUUGAUCUCAUCUGUUGUAACACAUCCUCCUGAGCACUUAGUAGUAAUCUAGGGAAGAUCUCAGCAGCACGAUCAUAACAAGCACAGAGCUUACAGCUGCGCAGAGCAUCUGUGUUGCUGAGUGUCAUAGUGGACAUCAGUAAACUUGCAUGGCUUGCAAUA